AUGUAUGCUGUUGAGCUGAGGAUGCCGCUGAAAAAAAAUGACUCCAUCUUGAGCUCCAUGAAUAGCUUCAUCGGUGCGGUGAACAACAUGGACCAGACUGUCAUGGUGCCCAGCCUGCUGAGGGACAUCGCGUUGGACGAGCACACGGAGAUGAACCCGGACGUGGACGAGGGCGACAUGUGCGCCUACUACCAUCUGCUCAAGUCUUUGCGCGUCCACAUCGAAUGGGGCGUCAGGGCUACCGAGAGCACCAGGCUAACCCGUCAAAACUCCAGAUCGCCAUAUAUGGCUUCAUCAUCUGAAGAGGAGGAGGAUGAAAACGACGAUAGCUUGCAGAAUCAGUUCCAGUACCACCUCAGCGGCCUUCAAGAGGUGCUGUCCAAGCUCACUGUGCAAGCCAAUGCUCUUACCAGGUUUUACAAGCAAAGGGUUGGUAUUUAA